GUUAUCAAAAUUUAGUGGCUCCUAUGGUUGACGUUGACAUAUCGCCCAUGUAAGAAAUAUGUAAUCAUGAUUUUCAUUAAGCUUCAACAAACACAUUUGUUUAUAAACAAAAUAGUCGGUAAACGCUAAUGAAUAUUUUUUCAACACAAGCAAAAUGUCUCCGAAUUUGCAAAGUGGGCUGAAUAAUCGACAUAGUAUUAGUCAUUUAUAAUGCAACCAUUGUCUUAUAUGACUCAAUAAAUUGGAAUGUUAUUGUUGUUGGAAUUGCACAACCAUUUAUUUAUUUAUAUGCAUAAGACGAUGUAGAGAUAAUAGUUAUGGCGUGCGAAAUGACUUUAUCAAAUGUUCUGGGAAAAAAUAAGAAAAAAAGUAAUAAGAAAGAUUCACAUAAUGCAGCCACAAUUGAUAAUCCAAAACCCUCCUUAACUCCAACAACUAGAGGUGGUCUACGUGUUUAUAAAAUUGUUGUACUAGGAGAUGGAGGUGUUGGAAAAUCAGCUGUUACCUUGCAGUUUGUCAGUCAUAGUUUCCUGGAUUACCAUGACCCUACGAUAGAGGAUUCAUAUCAGCAGCAAGCUGUCAUUGAUGGUGAAGCUGCCUUGUUAGAUAUUUUAGAUACUGCAGGGCAGGUUGAAUUUACUGCAAUGAGAGAUCAGUAUAUGCGGUGCGGAGAAGGUUUUAUGAUUUGUUAUUCUGUGACAGAUAAAAACAGUUUUCAAGAAGCUGUAGAAUAUAAAAAGUUAAUAGCAAGAGUCCGACUGUCUGAAGAUAUUCCAUUAGUAUUGAUAGGAAAUAAAUUUGAUUUGCAAAACCAAAGAAAAGUACUAACAGAGGAAGGUAAAGCAUUGGGUCAACAAUUUGGUUGUCCAUUUUAUGAAACAUCUGCAGCUCUAAGACACAACAUAGAUGAUGCAUUCUAUGCUCUCGUGAGAGAGAUACGACGCAAAGAAGCUUUAAAGGCGUUGAAUCCUCAUGGAAAUACAUCUGAAAAGACUCACAAUAAAUGCCAUAGCAGAUGGCGGCGCUUAAGAAACAUUUUUGCAUUAGUAUUCACCCGUAAACGAAACCAGUCACAACAGCGUUCUCCUUGAAAAUUGUACCAUGUUGACCAUGUUGUCCCAUUGGCAAAAUGAAAUAUCAAGUUGGAUUAUUUUCAGAUUUAAAUAAGAAUGAAUCAAUUCGCUUGCAUUAUGUUUAGCGGAAUAUUCCAUGACUGUGUUAUCAAGAGCAAAUUAUGUGAAUAAGUAAUUUAUACAUUUGUAUAUAGAAGUAAAAUGUUGAUUGUAAAGUGCUGCGCAACUCAGCUUUCAUUGUUAAAUGUGCUUUCAGCAAAAUGUUACCUGAUAUUAACUACUUUUUAUCCCAAUAGAUCGUAGAACUUACUUAUGUGAACGCGGAACAUACUCGCGAAAUU